GUUCCAUGAGAGAUAAGAAACAGAAAGCAUGGUUGAUGUACUUGAAUCUGUUCUUUUUUCUCUCUCCUUUUGUGUUGAUUUUCAUCUUUCCACCGAAUCGCAGUUAAUUGUGAUUCUGCAUUUUAAAGAGAAAAGUGAAAAUUAAAAGAAUCGAUUAUCGAUUACUACUUAAUUACUUUUAUUCGAAUCCAAAAGCGAAUCCGAGUCUCUUACUUGGAUUCGCUCAACGAGAAAACCUUUUCCUCUUUCUUUUCCUCUUUCUCUCAAUUUUUUUACUUCAAUUUGAUUUUCUUUCUCUUCUCUUUUUUAAUACAAAAGAGAUGUUCAACUUCAUAAUUAACCCACUAAUUAUUGAUUCAAUCAAUUCGCUGAUUGAUUUGACCAGGAAACAUCUAAUUUCUAUUUAAAUCUAAUUUUCUCUCCAAUUUCAAAUUCAUCUUCUUCAUCUUCAUCAAUUUGUCAAUUUAUUGAUCAUCAACAUUGACCAUUGUUUCAAGUGAUAAUAUUUUGGUAACAUAAUAAACCUAAAGUGUGUCUCCGAGGUUGAUUGAAGGUAAUCAUUGUUGCUCUUCACAUUAACCUGGAAUCCACACCACCAUGAUCACCAGCAAUAACAGUGAUGGCUCCCAUGGAGCAAGUGAAAACUGUUUCGAUUCGUGCAACAACCUCGACUCGGGCUGGUCCGAUAAGACCGGUCUUAAAUCAAAGAACUUCAGUCAAAUUGAACUUGAAGCAUUUAGGAAGCCAUUUAAGCUCGGCUGGAAAAGAGAGAUUGUUCUCAGAUCUACUCAUACAAAUUCGGGCAAAAAAAUUGUAGACAUUUAUUAUUUUUCACCAGAGAAAAAUGUUAAACUUAGAUCAUAUGUGGAAAUUGGUCUUUAUCUUAACCGCCAUCCCGAGUGUGACCUCGAACCAGAAAAUUUCACUUUUGCUCGACAACCUAUUUUCCGUUCACCAUUUGAGAUUAUUAGACAAGCUAAUCCAAGGACAAGGAAUGAAAAUUCUGAAGUGACUUCACCAAAUCAACAAAGGUCUAGAACUCGAUCAGAGAGAUCAGACAAACAAGAGAAAAGUGAAAAGAAUGAGAAAUUAGAUAAGACAACAGACAAAAACGACAAAGGUGACAAAGAGCCAGAUGAUGUAAACGACGUAAUAAUUGAUAGUUUCAGUGAAAGUAUUCCUGAUGAACUUUUCCAAUAUAUUCCUUCGGUGAUGCCAACACUGGACGUUGGAGAUUAUUUGGGACAAGUUUCGCAGGAAGAGAUUGUGAAUGAAUUACCAAGAAAAAGAUUGAAGAUUAUUGAAAGUGGUUCAACAAAUAGAUCUGAUCAAACCAACAAUGUUGUCUCAACAAACCAUAAGGAGUCACCUAUUAAAACAACUGGAUUAAAUGGUGGUUUAUCAAAGAGUUCACAUAAUCAUUCAUCUUCUACAGUCGAGGCUAAGGAUGAUGGUGAUUUACCUGAGCCCCCAUCUCAUUCAAAGAAGAAAACUAAGUCGAAAAAUGAAAAGCCAAGUAAACCAGAGACAAAUCAAAAGCCACUGAAAUUAAAUUUGAAAGAUCCUGUGAAAGUGAAAAUUGUGAAUGGCAUAGGUUCUGAUGGUCACGCUAAUAGUAAUAAAAAUGACAGUAAUAAUAAUAAUUCUGAGAAACCUCGUAGUCGAAUAGAACCUAAAGUGAAAAUUACAAAAAAGAAAAAGUCAAAAUCAUCUGCCAAACUGGACAAAUCAAUUAAACCUGAUAAUAAGAGAAUUAUUUUAACCAAAUCCUUGCCCAAAAAGACUGACAAUGAUAAAGAUUACAUGGAAAAUAACGAGAAUUAUUCUGAUGAUAUAUUACAUUGCUCAUUUACUGUGACACCAAUAGGCUCACCGGAAAAUACAAGGAAUGUUUCAUCUGUUAAAACUAAUCGAAGUGAAUUUGUCGAAUCUAAAACUCCAACUCAUACAACAAAGUCCAAAUCUAAGGUGUCAAAUAAACACGAAAAAAAUGGAAAAAGUGGAAAAAAGGACAAAAAAGAUCCUGAAAAAGAUAUAGUUGACUUCAUAAUAGAUAGUAUUCCUGAAGAUAUUCUCAAAAAUUUACCUCCAAUGCUUCAUCCUGCUCCUUGUUCAAUCAUGUGUUUCGGUAAAAAGGGAAUAAUACCAACUCUCCUUUGCGACCGAUGUUUAUGUCUCUACCAUCCCGAGUGUGUACCUGCCGGAAUAUUUUUGGAUAAUUCUCAUAGCUUCGUCUGUCCAAAUUGUGUUCAACCUAAUGAUGUUGGAGAAUGCAUUGGUCUCAUGAAUGGAAGAUUAAUGGGAGAACCUGAAGCUUUUGCAACUGGUUAUCAUGAUCCAGCAGCCUUUUAUAAGCGUCGGCGUGUAGAUUCAACAGAGGCUCGCCUACCACCUAUUCCACUGGCACCGAUUGCCCCAAUCAGGUAUACUGCUAGUGAAAUAGCUGAAAUACUGAACUUGAGGAUCAACAAAUGUCGAAAAAAUUUGACCAAAAUCAAGCCUGAAUUCAAUGUCCUAUCCAGCGGCUAUGAGUGCUUAAACCAAAUCUUUCAACAUUUGAGUACACGAGAUUUGAUUAAGGUUAAACUGACCAGUCGUACCUUCAACCGUCUAGCAUCACAAACAGUACUUUGGCAAGAGAUUACAUUGAAAGAUAUGGCCAUCAAGGACUGGCAGUAUUUUGGUAGGAACAUUGUUGAACCAAUGGCUACGCAAAGUAUCAAUUUCGACGGUAUUAAAUGUCUAGGUAAUGAUCACAACGAAAUGUGGAGCAAUUUCUCCACAAUAACAGAUUAUCUCAAGUCAGUAAAGCACAUUCAAUUUGGAAUGGUACCAACAUCUGUAGUCGAAGAGAUCAUCAAUGCAGCGGUCACUGAGAAUUGUUACAAUUCAUUUAGCAAUCUGGAAACUCUCUCAAUCAGACAUCUUUACGAAGAUGAUUUCCUAUAUUCAAUUUGUGACCUGUCCAUAUUAGAAAAUAUUGCGUAUUUAUCAUCACUUCAGCAUCUUCGGGUCGAUUGUAAAUAUGGUCUUAUUGUUAGCCCCGGAGAUUCUGACCUUCUAGACCGAAUCUUUGCUCCCAUGACCAAUCUCAAAUCACUUUCGAUGACAAGUUUAAAAGGAUUCACAUUAGAACAGUUUAGCUUCUUAAGUCAUCUCAAGAACCUUAACAGUCUUGAGAUUGGAAGUUGCGCGAGUUGGGCCAAUAUUAGUGACGCAAAAUCAUCUAUUUCUUCAUCACCAUCUCUAUCACAAUCUCCAUCUCCACCAUCAUCACUAUCAUUAUCUCCAUCACCUCCACCAUUGUCACAACACAAACUCGAUCAUAUACGGACACAUGGAACCUGGGAAGAAGAAGAGUUAGAAGAAGACGAGGCGAUCGUACCUGACGAUACCGCUAAUUGUAUUAUUACUGAAACUCAUCAAGAUGUUCCAGUUGAUACAGAGGGAAUAGAAGAAGAAGAAGAAGAAGAAGAACUGAGAAGAGAAAUUGAAUUAAUUGAUAAUCAACGAGAUAAUGAGCCCGUAAUUAAAUUGAAAGGUGUUUACAAAUAUCUUAGUAAAUUAACACAACUCAAACACCUUAAAUUAGUUAACUUAACUCUCCAUGAUACAUUUAAUUCUAUGCCUCUGUCUCUACAAGAGAUGGUCAAUUUAAGAAGUUUACAAUUAGAAAAUCUAAAAAUUGAGCCUGACGCAAGUCAAUCUCUAAAUUUCUUAGCAAAAACGAUUAAAACUCGUUUGUUAAAUCUGAAAGAUUUGACUUUCUCAACAAAUGAUGCAUUCACGAAUAAGUGUGUUCUCGAUGCACUCAAGCAGCUCGAUAAACUGCAAAAUGUCACUUGGAAAGUACAGGUCAACGUGGAGGACAAUGGCCAAUGCUGGGUACCGAUACUUAAAGAAAAUGAGCAAAGUGAAUUAGAGGAGGAUGAGAAUAAUUUCGAUCUACUUGUUAAACCCGAAGUUGACGAAGUAGAAACAAAAGAUCAUUUGGAAAUGAUGGAUCUGGAUCGACUCAGCCAAAUAAUUGAGAAACACAUUCUCGGCGCCACAGUUAACAUUAUUCCGCAGUGAUAAUAUCUCGUCAUAAAUUUUUGUCACAUUUUCUCUUCGACUCUAACAAUUUUUCCUCGUCUUCUAUUCUAUUUCGCACUCUCUUUCGCUCACUCAUAAUUCUUUUCACUUUUCUCUUUCUCUCUCUCUCUCUCUUCUCUAAUCAAUAAUUUUUCCUUCAAAAAAUCACUUCUAAAUCUAAACCCUUUCAUAUUCUCUUCAUCCUUUUCAUUCUUCAUCUACUAAAAUAUUCUUCUUUUAGAAAUGCGCCCAAAUAGAGAAAGGCCAUAUUCUAACAUAGUUUUCAUCAACUAAAAAACGAAACAAGAAAUUACAAGGAAAUAAUAACCUUUAUCACCUCUAAUCACACCCAAUCCCUUGUCUAUUUGAAUUUUCGAUUUUGUAAAAUUCUUCAACUUUGCCAUCCUGUCUUUCUUCGUUUUUGAUCAUAUUCUGUUCCUUGUUUUUUUGAUCUAAUUUUUUCUCUAAAUCUUCUCAUCACUUCAUCAAUUCAUUUCUUCACGACUGACCAUUAAUCGUAUUCACUCUUUAUUUCCUUUUCCUCACUUUCUUUUCCAUUUCCCUUUCCCUUUCUCCUUUAUCUCUCCCUCUCUCUUAUAAAUUACAAUUAAAACCUCAUUUUUGAUGGCGAAUGGA